AUGUUAGUGAAUGACUAUGUUGUGGAGGAGCGCAUGAGCGUGUGGCAGAAAAAGAAGGUGCGCACGUACAUUGUGAAUGGGCACUCGAAGGUGUCUUCCCGGCGCUCCAUUGCGGGUGCCCUCACCGUGGUGAAGCCCUACGAGCGCAUUGAACUCGUGGGCGGGGAGUACUUUGAGUCCCUUUCCAUCAGCAUGCCGCUGGAGAUUGUCGCUGCAGAAGGCGAAGAACCCUGCAUCAUUUCCCGCGGCCCCUGUCUGACUGUGACGCAAGAUGUGGAGGUAUACUUUGAGCACGUGGAGUUUGUCUCAAAGAACAAAACGAAGUUGGAGUCGGCGGUCGCUCUUACGAACGGCAAAGCGGUCUUUUUUCGGUGCAAGAUGAACUCCAUUAUCAUCAACGGGUUUGCGAGGCCGGUGCUGGACAACUGCACCAUCGCCGAAAGCUACAACGGCUACGGGGUUCAGAUCGGCGGCAGCGGGGGGGCGCAGAUUUAUGGCUGCACCAUCCAUGCCCACUACGCAGCCGGCGUGGAGAUUGACACCAAAGGCACCGUCGUCAUCCGGGACAGUACAAUCCGCCAACCCUUGAAUGGGGGUCACGGCGUGAUAGUGCAGACAACGCAAAGCGCUGUGGACGAUCGUACCCCUAUAGAAAACCUCGCAUGUAGGAAAGUCACCGUCACCAAGUGCCGCAUCUACCUCUCACCGGAGAAGUUCAGGCCAAAAGAGCGUGACUGGGGCGGGAAUGAAAAAAUUGUUGGACCCCCGAGUUGCGUGGUCAUCGCGCGAGGUGCAUGCCCUGUGUUCACGUACAAUGAAAUAAUUGAAGGUUAUGUUGGUUUUACCUUUGAGUUUUCGGGUGACGCCGUGUUGGAGGGGAACUCCAUAUGCAAUCAAAAACACUGCGGCAUUCUUGUCAUCGUGGACGAACGAAGUUACUCAUCUAAUAUAAAGCAAAAUGUUCGCAUAACAGGCGGCAAUGUGAUUGAUCGCUGCCUUAUUGGGGUAGACAUACGCUGCAUGGGCAAGGUUAGGACGCCUGUUAGCGACGCACCGGACACACUCCUCUCCCAGGAACUUCCAUGUUCCCGGAACGUGUUUGAUUGGAUUGAAAAGGUACACCAGCUGGAGGAGUCAAACUCCUCCACGCUGCAUAUUGCCGGGGAGGAAACCCCAGUUUUUGUCAACGGGCGUACUAUGGAGCUUGCAAGGUUGAAGGAGGAUUUGCGAACACUUGCCAAAUUAGUCUGUGCGGGGCAUCCCUCUCAUUUUUACGGUGGGGGUUCCACAGACAUGCGUGCUGGGAACACUGGGGGUAAUCCAGUGCAAGAGUUGGUGCAGGAGGCCUUCCAGCUGCCGCUGUCGCUGCCGCCGCCAAACUCCAUAGACUACGUGGCGCGCUGGCUGCAAAUUCGUGGUAACAAGGGUGUGGAUAUCUUGGACACCCGUUUCUCUGGAUGUGGGUUGUGUGCUAUUCGCUUUGGACACGGCGGUUAUGGACUUGUUGAGGACUGCGACUUCCUCAAUUGUGGGGCUACUGCGAUUGUCGUGAGUGGUGGGGCCCAUCCGUUGAUUGUGGGGUGCAAGUUUAACAACUCCAAGGGAACUGGCGUGUUUGUGGAAAACUUUGCCAAUCCGCUCAUAAUGGGCAAUGAAAUCUCGCAGAGCGCCGAGCAUGGCAUUGAGUUUUGCAACCUGUCCCGUGGAAUUGUAAUGGGGAAUAUUAUCUUUGGCAACUCCGAGAGCGGGAUCCUUGUGACAGGUGGCAGCACCACGAUGAUCGUUGGCAAUCUUAUUCAGCAGGGCCACACCAGCGGAGCGAUGAUCGCGGGUGAAAGCAAGCCGCUACUCAUGAUGAAUAAAUUUGUGUCUAACCCCGUUGCUCAGCUGCUGGUGUGCGAAUACUCCAUGCCGUUUAUUGCCGGCAAUACCUUUGCCUCUGGGCCCGGCUGCGGCAUUCGCUUUGAGUCCUGCAGUGGAGGGAUGGUGGUGGGCAACACGCUCUCCCGAAACGAGCGGGGAAUUGUGGUGGAACUUGACUCGGACCCGUACUUGGUGUCGAAUAAAAUUCUCCAGAGUCACCGCCACGGAGUUGUGGUGGGCAACAACGGCCUGGGCACGUUUGUGGCAAACGAAAUCGCGCAGAGUGGGAGUUGCAAUUUUAUUGUGCAAGAAGGCGGGUCACCCGUGGUACGCAACAACACAAUUACCGGUGGGCAUGUUGGCGGUAUUGCCGUGAUCGCUGAGGGGGGUGGGAUAAUGGAGCACAACGUCAUUAGUGAAAAUGCGGUGGGGAACGUUAUUUUGUUGGACCGCUUCAGUGAGCCCGUCAUUGUACGCAACACCAUCACAAACUCCACCAGUGGUUGUGGUGUUAUUUGUGGUCGCGGAGCCUCAGGAGCGUUUCUGCAUAACAAGGUUUACAAAAACAAACAAUGUGGAGUUUACGUGAUUAGCAAAGCCGAUCCACUUUUUCUCAACAACGUUAUUAGCUAUGAAUCGGUGGGUGUCGUUAUCUCUGAAUGUGGCAGAGGGACCUUUAAGGCAAACAACAUUCAUGCAAGCUACGGGUCCGGCAUCAUUAUUCAGCUCCAAGGCAAUCCAGUCAUUAAGGGGAACAAUGUUUCUGGCAGCUUCCUCAGCGGCAUUGUGGUGUCACCUGAGAGCAGUGGGACGGUUACGGAGAACAACUUCUUUGAGAACGACGUGGGCGUGCAGCUUGGUUCCACCUUGGGGACUGCCACGCUCGAUAUUGAGAUUGGCUUCCUGACUACCGCCUCCGCAACGCCGUCGUCGCCGUCUUUGAGUCCUCUCAACAACAGGGGCCCGCUGAAGUACCAGCGUUCAACUUCAGUCAGGAAGGGGGGCGAGCCUGGGGACGGGAGUGACAAGCUAUCCCCAACCAUGAUACGGCAGAACAAAAUUUAUGCGAAUACAAUGUGUGGGGUAUUACUGGAGGCGGCGGCCUACGGGGCACUAGAGGAAAAUGAGAUUGAGUCGAACGGUAACUGUGGCGUGGUGGCGGAUGUCGGGUAUACUGCGAGGCGGGUUCAGAAAAAAAUGGACAAGCACCUCAUGCGCGACGGCCGGAACUUGUCGCAUGUGGGUGUGGGGGGUGGGUCCGCAAACCUUUGCAGGAAUCGUAUUUUCCGGCACAAGCACGCCAACAUCGCCAUCGUCGAUCAUGCGGAAAACAACAUUGUCAUCGCAUUAAAUGAUGUAUUUGAGGCGCCAAUAGGCAUUUACGUGGCCAACGGCGCCACAAUACAGUCCAUUGAUGGUAAUACGAUUCACAGGGUUUUUGAUGGUGUCUACGCGGAGAGAGGUGGCUGUGGGUGCUUUGAGAACAACAGAAUUUACGACUGUGACGGGGUUGGGGUGUAUGUAUGCAGCCGUGCGAAUCCCGAAUUCACGAAGGGGGACGUCAUUGAAGACUGUCGCAUCAGCGGAGUUUUUGUGGAUGCCGGAGGGAGGGGCGUAUUUACCAGCGCGACCAUCCGUCGCUGCAUCGUGGGUGCGGUGGUGUACACCUGUCCGCCCAUCUCCUCGACGGUGCGGCAGGGGGAUUUUUUGCAGAGCGAGUUUGUGACCUCCGCCCCCUUGUUUAGGCAGUGCACGAUUGAGGAGCAUGACCUGCAUGGUGUGCUGGUUCUCACGGUCGCGACGAGUUACUACCCCCUGCGUAACCCCUCCUACGGCGUCACCGGACACACGCCAAAGCUUUAUGGCCUCAUGAAGACCCCUGGAGUCUCCGUUUUUCCACAGUUUCACCAAAACACGAUUCGCAACAAUCGUCACUUUGGUGUUUGUCAUGAAAUGUUCAAUUCCUCUGAGAUGCAGGAUGAGGCGCAAAUUCCAUUGUCUCAGAAAUUCACCACCAAGGCCCGACGUUUAGCCACAAAUAUACAUUUUCCACACCGUCUUUAUCGGCGUGUGGGGAUCGAACGCCGAUCUCGUUUUGCACCUCGUGAAUCCUUGCAUGAGGCCUUGGGAACCUCGGCGGUCCUUUCGACGCAUGAACACCACGAGGAGCGGAUGCAGCGGCAGGUGAGUUUUGUGGAAAAUACCAUCACCAACUGCUCGAUAGGUGUGGUGGUUGGUGGAAGUUGUCACCCGUUUUUACUGCGUAAUCGUAUAAGCCAGAAUGCGUUCUUUGGCAUGUUCCUACGGUUUCGGGCCAAGGCCAUGUGUUUUGGGUGUGAGGUCACGGACAAUGGUAUGGCGGGGCUGUAUGUUGCGCAGGGCUCAUUUGGCACCUUUACUGGUGGAAAGAUUUCUCGCAAUAACGGCUUCUGUCGCCCGGAUGGCAAUCCACACGAUCCGCGCUCCUUUGCCAGUCUUCCCUUUACGCAGUCAGGGCAUUCUUCAGCGCUGAGCCCACCCGUUGCAAGCGACGAAAAUCCACGUGAUGCAUUUAAGUCUGUCUUGGAUUGCAUGGAAAGCUACGCGAAUAUGGUGGCGGAAGGGUUGCAUCUGCUAUGCGAGCUUGUCUCCGCCUCCUCAGUGGGCCUCUCGCUCGCCUCGGGCAUAUGCCCCAGUGUUCCGAUCGGGUCCGGUAUGUCAUUUGGGGCUGGGCUGCAUGUAGACGGGUAUGAUCGCGGCUGGGCCGCCGACGGUGGCAUAGGGGUGUGGAUGGUGCAGGGGAACAUGAUGGAGAUCAAGGACAACGUGAUCGAAGGAAACCGCAACGUGGGAAUUUUUUAUUCACGUGACCUGCAGCAGCACCACCUGAAUCUGGUGCAGUUUGUCGUGGAGUCUGUUGACGGGUUUCCGCGGAUUCCAGGUGGUGAGGUGAUCUCCGGCGCGAUGCGGAGCCCGAGGGAGGCGGCGGCGCGGUGGGCGUUCUUCACCUCCACCGCUAUGGACUCUGCGCAGGGGUCUCUCUCCACCACCGCCAACCACAGCUUCACGGAGAGCUGGCGCGCCCACACGCCGCCUCAAGGCCCCGAUCUGCAAAGGCAGAUGGAAGCCUCCUCUUAUGAGGGAGAUCGUCCGUACAUAUUGACGCGUCCAGCGAUGGUGUCUGGCAAUAGUAUCGCGAGGAACGGGUCCGGCGUUGUCAUGCAUCUGCAUCAUGUGAUGAUGGCAAGUGCCUUGAGUGGAACAGAUGCUGCCGGGGAGAAAGCGACGGAAGCGGCUGGGGAAGUGGGCAAAAAAAGCCCCAGCACCAACAGGAAGUCUGCUCGUCGGCCAAAGAAAAAGGCAGCGGCGAACGCGCUGAGCUUUAAGGAACGGAGAAGUUUUCUUGGCCCCAAGGCAAAGAACAAAGUCGAGGAGGCAAGCAAAUCUCCUCAGAGCGAAGUGGUGGCGAGGCCCACACCCCCGCAGACUCCAACAAAUGUACUCAAAGGAACGUUUGACGUCUCGAUCAAUAUGGAAGCCAAUCAAGUGUACGAAAACUACGGCGUUGGAAUUAUUUGCCUACAUGUCGUUGAGGUCAUGUGUGGCCAUUACGUCAAGUCGCGCCUAGACUUGGAGGAGGCAGCCGCAGAGUACAAUGAUGUAUGUAUUAAAGUGACACUAAAACGUGAGCUGAUGCGGCCCAAGUUGCAAUUUGCCUUACUCGCUCAGAAGAAUAUGACGCGUUACGCAAGGCUUAGCUCGAAUGAGGUCUACAGGAACGUGUCGGAGCAGCUGCAGGUGACCUCUCGGUAUGUUGUGAUCUCACAAAAUUGCAUUCGGACGUUACUAAAUAUAGAUACCUUGCGGGAGCCAAGUGCAUCCCUGUGUUCUUCCCAGGCGCUGUUGCGGAUUCCGCUUUUUGCCUCUUUGAUGUCCGCCGCACCGCCUUGUGGGCUUCUGAUUGAAAAUAAUAGCUUCCGGGACAGCGAAAAGGGGCUUCAUGUUGUGGGCUUUGUCGGUGGAGACUCUCUCCUGAUGCGUCAUAACACCUUUGUCAACAUUGCAGGUGCAGCUAUUCUGCUUCACGGUCAUCUUGCCUCCGCCAACAUAGGAGACGGCAACGUGUUUGAGGCAAACAGGGUGGGGAUUCGCAUCACAAUGCCUGACAAUGGUGUCACUGCGGAGGAUAUCGCCUGGAUGCGAGCCAUGGGGGUGCAGACGCACAUCCAUGCCAAUCGCUUCUGUGCCCCGAAAAAUGCAUCUGUGAUUGUCGAGGGCGGUGGGGCACCCUCUCCGGUAUUUAAAGACAAUCAAUUUUCUAACCACAUGAAGGGUUCCGUAGCGUUUUUUAUUGCAAGUCCAAGCAGCCGGGCACGAUUGGUAAAAAAUGUGUUUUUUAGUAACUACAUCCCUGUCAUUAUUACAAAUAAAGCGGGCACGAGUGGGGAGGGGGGUGAUAGUGUUGUUGUGGAGGGGAAUCGAUUCACUGGGAACUUUGUUGGCCUUCUGGUGGCCGAUGGCGCGGCCCCGCGACUCGUCAACAACUUGUUUGAGAAGCACUACCGGACAGGUCUAGAAAUCGUGGGUGAGGCUACAAAACCAAUGGUCCAGCAUUGCAUCUUUGUGUCAAACAAACAGUCUGAGGUGGACACGCUCAACACAGAGUUGCUCCAGUUCCCUGAGCAAGGCCAAAUUCGAGUCGAGCCUAUUUUGGACAUUGUGGCGACGAUUGUCCCUGACAACAAAGCAUGUUCGGUGACAGGCAAGAGGCUUUCAUCUGGCGUUCUCAUCAGUGGCGGGGGCGACGGAGGGACCAUACAUGAGUGUUUGUUUAAGGACAACGACAUUGGCGUUGAUGUCGUUGGGAACGUGGCCCUUGCAGAGGCGACAGCGCUUCCGGUUUCUGGGAUUCAGCUGACCUCGUGUCUGUUCAAUGAGAAUAAUGUGGCCGGCGUGUGGGUGCGUGGGGAAGAAGCAAAGACUGACAGACGCGCCGCUGUUACCACUUUUAACCUAAGCAGCAGCGGCAGCGAUGAGGGGACCGUAAUUGACAGCUGCUUCUUCAUCAACAACACCAAUGACGCUGUGGGCAAGGGCGACGUGGUCGCUGUGGACGCGGGGUAUGCGGUGCUGCGGGGCAACUUGUUUUCGGGCUCGGUCCACGGCAUGCGGGACGGCGCAGCUCUGUUUGAGCGAAAUACGUUCUACAUGGAGGCCGCCGAUGUGGCGGUGUACCUGCACAAAGCAGCACGUAUCCGCCUCAUAGGCAACAUCCUUCGCGGCCACAAAAACGGGAUCGUUACUUCGCCCGCAGCCUGGGGUCAUGUGGAGAAGAACUUGAUUCUAAACCCCACCCGAGGUGUCUAUGCCGCCCCAUUCUGUCACACAUUUCUUGUGCGUAACCGCAUCAUUAAGGCGAAGGACUGCGGCAUUUUGGCGUACGGCGGCAUCUUUACGGACAAUGAAGUCUGCUGGAGCCCAAUGGGUGUCAUUGUGCAGAACCCGAUGGGGUACAAAGAUUACAGCAGUAUACCCAAUUCAGAGAAGACGGCGUUUGAUGCGCUGAUUUCGGAAAAUCGUGUUCAUUCAUGUGAGGGGGACGGCAUCUUGGUUGCUGGUGGCGCCCGAAUUGAGGGCAACUGCGUCUUCAACUGCAAAUACAACUUGAAUGUUAUUUGCCCACCAAACUCAAGGAGUGGCGCGGGCAUUGCCAUCAUCUCUAAGAAUUCCCUGUACGAUGGCGAGGUGGGGCUGGUAAUGGCAAAAGAUUCAGAGUCCGUGAUUCGCGACAACGACAUCUUUGACAACAGCCUGUUGGGGGUGUGGAUUAAGGCACAUGCGUUGGGUACGUUGCAGGGUAAUGCUAUCUCCAGCUCUCUGCGCGAUGGCGCCUUUGAUGUGGAGCCGGGGGCGGAGGUGAAGGUGCUGCAGAACAACAUACGAAAUCAAUUUUCUCCAUCCUAUCACAAGACGCUUCCGUUGCACCGUGAAAAGGAACGGCAAAGGGCAGCAGAGGCCUUGACUGGGGAACUCACGGAGUUAGAUGGAGCGUUUCGAGAACUUCGUUUGCGGUGUAAUUCCGUGGAAGUGACCCUGCGGGCUAUAUUUGACGCCUCAAGGGAGGGGAAACACAACUUGGAUGGUUGUGGCGCGCUGAGUUCCAUGACGUUGGCCGGUCAUCCGGCCAGGGCGCUGCGUGGUUUAUCAGAAACUGACAACGCUGUGGAGCCUUCUGGCCUCACCAAAACACGGGAGGUCUGGCGUUUUCCCAUGAACAGAACGAUGCCAAUUUCCGCGAUAAGGGCAUCGCGGUCCGCGAAUCGACGCAUGAGCCAAUCCACGUUAUCUGCGCCAAAGGAAGAGUACCGGCACGUGCUCAUCUACGUUUGCAACACACAAACGGAGACGCUGGCAAGCAUGGAACUCGGCAAGGCGGUGGAGGCUGUUUUCACCUCCGUGUCUUUGUCAUCAAAUGUCAUGUUCCGUGCCUCACUCGAGACGAAACCCAGCGGGUUUCACGCCUCCAUUACAGCCCAAAUGCCGGACAUCAUUGUUGUUACUGUGGCUGCGGGGAAAAAGGUAUUUGAUGCAGCAGAGUUGGGUGUUUUUUCCACCAUUGAGCGCUUGUAUAGCGCGGGCAACACAAAAAAGCACGGCAAAAACGGUGUCUCGUGUGUUUUUACGCUCCUUCCAUCCGAGUGGAGAGCAGGCAUCGAAAGAGAGGGGACCGUGGGAAAAGGCAACAUCCCACUUACGGGAUUAGAAUACUUUGCCGCCGCACACAAUCCCAUGUACUUUAACCUUGCCGUCGCUGAGACAUUCUCCGAACUGGUGCGGUGCCUGGAGACCGAGACGUCUAGUCCGUUGGUUCCGUGCCCAAGUAUAAGCAUCAGCAAGUUUCAGGAUGCGAGUGUGGCAGUUAGGUCCUCACAUGGAAGCCGUUCUUCCUUUUUCUCAACACCGCAAUUACAUCCAGUCUCUUUGCUGCCACGAAAGCUUUCGCGUGCGCGGUCCGUCAUGAGUGCGGCGCCGAAGCUCCACGGGGACGGGUGA